UUUCCCCUUCAGAGGGUUAAGGACUGGUUAUUAUCAACUUUCAGCACAUGACGUGUGUCAUUUGCUGACCUGAUACACGGUAGUGCGGCUCGCACUUAUCUUUCUAUAUAUUCUUGCAUGUGUGCACUGUGGCCUGAAUAAUAAAAUAAUUGAGAACCACAAGGGCACAGUGACGAUCACUUCAGAACCAACCGUUUUUGUUUAUAAAAUAAAGGACUUUUAUUUUAAAUUUUAGCGGAAGGAAAAGCAUGCCCUGAAUUGUUGUUGUCUUGACCAGGAGCAGCAUGGUCGCUUAGCGUGAGGAAACGCUGCACCGUAUGAAUGAGUGAGAUCAUUAGUACCGAAUCAGAAAGGCUGGGUGAUAUUUUUGUAUCGCUGUAUAGAGUAUAAAGAUGUCGGUUGCUUGUUUUACUAAGCAGUUGCUUAAAUGCGCUUUAUUUAAGCCAUUAGGAAAUGGCGCGACACUGAAGGUUAGAACUUUGAUUACACACAGCCGCAAAUAUACAAGCCCAAUCUGCAGAUUCUGGAGAUGUCACCGACAUUUUCAUACUACAAACUCUUACCUGGUUGAAAAGAUUUUGACUCCGGAUCAGAUGUUCUCUAGGAAAUCUUUGCAGGACUACCUGAGGACAGUGAAAGCAGAAUAUACUGACUGUCUGCAAGUUGUCAACGCUGGGCAUGUACAAAUGGACGACGAGGAAAUGAGAGCAAAGAGGUCCAGACUGACUGUUUUAUCGCCUUUGGUCCAAAGCAUUACGGAGCUGGAAUCAAAACAUAAAUACUUGAAUGAGACAGAGGAGCUACUAAAAGAAAGUGACCCAGAUCUGCGGGAGUUGGCACAGACUGAGAGGGAGAACUGCCUGGCAUCUAUUCAAGAAAUAAAACAAACUAUUCUUUCUCUUCUUAUCCCCGAGGAAGAAUUGGACAGGAGCGAUCUGGUACUAGAGGUCACUGCUGGGGUUGGAGGUCAAGAGGCUAUGCUUUUUACUGCAGAGAUAUUCGACAUGUAUCAAAACUUUGCUGAUUUUCAUGGCUGGGGCUUUGAAACACUGGAGGUUAUGUCAAGUGAUCUAGGAGGAAUAAGGCAUGCCAUAGCUAGCAUCAGUGGCCCACUUAGCUAUAAAAAGAUGAAGUUUGAAGCGGGUGUCCAUCGAGUACAGAGAGUCCCAAAGACAGAGAAACAGGGCCGGAUGCACACCAGCACAAUGACAGUGGCGAUACUACCACAGCCAGCAGAAAUCUCUUUUGCCAUUAACCCCAAAGACCUCAGGAUUGAGACAAAGCGAGCCAGUGGAGCUGGAGGACAGCAUGUAAACACCACUGACAGCGCUGUGCGGAUUGUUCACUUACCAACAGGCAUAGUGUCUGAGUGUCAGCAGGAGCGCUCCCAGAUCAAAAACAAAGAGAAAGCCAUGAAGCUGCUGCGAGCCAAGCUGUACAGUGCAAAGCUGGAGGAGGAGACUAGUAAGAGAUACCAGGCUCGCAAACUUCAGAUUGGCACUAAAGGCAGAUCAGAAAAAAUCAGGACCUACAACUUCUCCCAAGACAGAGUCACUGAUCACCGGAUUGGGAAAACUAUGCAUGACGUCCAUGGAUUUUUAUUAGGGGAGGAGAUGCUGGAAGAAAUGAGCACAUCUUUACAGCACUUCUCUGAACAGGAAGCUCUCAUGGACAUUCUAGCAGAUUGAUGACUUUAAUAUUUAUUUUAAAUUAUUUUAAAAAUGUGUAAAAAAUUUUCUUGCUAGUUUAGUGCUUUUUUUUUUAACUUAAGCUAUCGUAUUAUCAAUUAUCUUUUGAUGUUAACCAACUGGCUUUAAAUAGUUACAAAACACGUCCACAAUUUUGUAGGUAAUUUCCCCAAAUGACACUGAGCAAACAUCCUUUAACAAGAAAAAAAAAAGAGUUUGCUUAUUGGUCUAUAUUUGCUGACUCCAGUUAUGUGUAUAUUUUCCAAUAUAGGCUUAAACUCUGAUAACUCGACAUCCAGUUCUAUGGAAUUAUGUGCUGAACUAAAAUAACUUUGUUAAACAUACAAAUUAAUCCUUGUAGUCACUUAUCCUUCACUAGAUUGUCCCCUAGAAUGUUAUUUUCUUUGUAUUUCAUGAGAUAUAGUAUUUAAGAAUAAAAGAAUAAAAUUGAGCAUCAUUAAUUGUUAUGCCAUCUUGCAUUAUGUUUGGAUUAGUAGAGCCUAUAAAAAGCAAGAAAUCACAGUAAGUUAUUAAAAAAUAUGAAGAUCCAGCAAGGCUGGUUUAACCUAAUAGUUGGGAUUGUAAUAGAAAGCAAGGGCUCACCAGUCUUUUGCAUUGCCUUUGUCAUGUUAAAUGUCAGCCUGAAUGGUGAUUGUUGAAUGCCUGGAUGUGCAUGGGAGAAUUACAUUUCUAUGGCCUAUAUCCUUAUGAGUGCUAUCUAGUUUUAUUAUUGAGUGCUUGAAACAGGUCUAAAAUCUCCAUUUGAAGCAGGCUCAGGAUUAUCAAGCGCUUUCUACAUUCCAACUUGAGGUGUGAAAUACCUUAGUAAUGAUGUUUAAUUUGCAUGCAGUUAAAACCCAGAAAGAAUAAACAUUUUAAACUAUUCAACCAUGGGCAGAGACAGCUUCGUCUUGAUGUAUUCUUCAAUAA